GGUCGUCAAGACAACAAACAUAGCCUAUAAAACGUGCUAUUGAAUGAUGUAUUGCUUCUGUGAUUGUCUUGAGUGACUCCGUGAAUGCGAGCGGCUGAGCUCAUAUCUCACUGUAUUUCCAGCGUGUGACUCACUGAGGACGUCCCCCCAGCUUCGCUCUUUAAUUUGACUACAGCCCCAGUUUCACUUCAGUGUUGACAGCGGCGCGUGGCGAGCUAGUCGCUUUUUUUUUUUUAGAUGACUAUUUGUAACAAACGGGAAACUGCAGUGGAAAGCGAGUUUAACUUUUAGACUUUGUGACCACGGAUGAACCAUGGCUACAAUAACGUGUCGUGUGCAAUACCUGGAGGACUCGGACCCAUUCGUGUGCUCAAAUUUCCCCGAGCCCCGCAGACCUCUGCAGUAUGACCUCAACGAGCAUUUGCUGUUGAACGAACAGAUCGCCGGCAUUCACAAACUGCUAGAAGCUCCUUUGAAGUUAGAGGAGUGUGCACUGCAACUGGCUUCUAAUGGCAACUACCUGGAUCUGGAUUCAUCCCUUGCUGAACAGAGAGAUGAUCUGGAGCAACUCUAUGACGACGUGGAAAAAGGCAAAAAGCCCAUCUUGAUUCUCCGUACGCAGCUCUCAGUACGGGUUCAUUCCAUCCUAGAGAAGUUGUAUAAUUCCCAUGGUCCUGAGCUUCGGCGGUCCUUGUUCUCAUUAAAGCAACUCUUUCAGGAUGAUAAGGACUUGGUUCCAGAGUUUGUGAUCUCCGAGGGUCUGACGUGUUUCAUUAAAGUGGGUGCUGAGGCAGAUCAUAACUACCAGAACUACAUUCUCAGAGCUCUCAGUCAGAUCAUGCUGUUUGUGGACGGAAUGAACGGUGUUGUGAACCACAAUGAGACAGUACAGUGGCUGUACACACUGACUGGCAGCCUGUCUCGGCUGGUUGUGAAGACGGCUCUGAAGUUGCUGAUAGUGUUUGUGGAGUACACUGAGUCCAACAGUCCACUGCUUAUUCAAGCUGUCAGCAUUGUGGAUGGCAAGAGAGAUGUAAAGCCUUGGGCGUAUCUAACAGAGAUCCUGUCAGAGAAGAAUGGAUCAGACACAGAGCUGCUCAUCUACACCAUGACCCUCAUCAACAAGACUCUGUCUGCGCUUCCCGAUCAGGACUCAUUUUAUGACAUGACCGAUUGCUUGGAGCAGCUAGGAAUGGAAGGCAUCGUCCAGAAACACAUGACUAGCAGCGGCACCGAGGGUGACCUUAAACAACAGUUCAUAAUUUAUGAGAAUGCCCUCAAGAAUGAAGAUGGUGAGAUCGAUGAAGGGGCACCAAAUGUCCGUAAAGACCGAAGGAAACUGACACCCAGCGAGCAGGAGGGGAGGAGGAGCCGACGGUCAUCUUCUCACAAUCUUACAGAUAGUUCCUUUCGACCAGCUUCCCCAACUGUAUCAGUCUCGUCUAACAGCCCUACCCCAGAGGUGAUGCAAACAGCCUCCCCUCAGCUGUCAGAUUCCUCUUAUUCUCCUGUUCCUGGCAGUCCUGUGUUGACCAGUCCCUCCUUUAUGACCCCUGGCUCUCCCACUCCUCCUGUCACUCCGGCGACUAAUGGAGCAGAGUCUACAGCUACAGCUGAGCAGGAACACAACUUGGGGCGCUCUUUUAUGAGUCACUACAUAGCUCACAUGGGGAUUUCUAGACGGAGGUUAAAAAAGGAGAGGUCUAUAACAGAGGGAACCUCCAGCAUCUCCAGCAGAGAGUCUUUCACAGCAACAGACUCUCCUCAGGAGGUCCCUUCCCAGACGGGAGCAGAGCAGCCCAGCCAGACGGAGGGAAAGCGAGUCUUCAAACAGCAGCAGGCAGACAGUGUUUGGUUUGGGGGAUCUAUUAGUGGUCAGGAAUCUGAAGAGGUAAACUUGACCAGGCACACCCUGGAGCAGCCAGAGGACACAACAACAGCCCACAAUGAAGCAGAGGGGGGUUUGCAGCGUCAGGGCAGUGCAGCGGAACAGCACAGCACCCUCUCUAAUGACAGGAAGUUCAUGUUGGAUAUGCUCUACUCCAAAAACAACACCACCUCUGGAGGCCUAAAAAGUCCUGGUCUGGAAAGUGGACCACUUGAGGACCAUGGGAUCACCAGUAUGGCCGGACGGCUCUCCAGACUGCAGUCUUGCACUUCUCAGCCCACAGAGGACACAUCCAGGUGGGCGGACCUGGAGAUCCCUGAAGGUACUGCUCAGGCUGCUCGCACCAGGCUAGCAGAGGAACAGAGCAAGAAGCUGCGUCCACAGUACAGUAUUGAAGCGGAGACUCAUUCACAGAGUUUAGAGAAGACCAUGAUGACGCCAUUAUCCAGGGGUAGUCAGGAUGCCUGGGAGAAGCUGCAGCCCAGCUCCAGACCUCUGCGGAUUAAAGAUCUUGACUUCUCCGAUCUGAUGGAGGAGGAGGAUAUCGAUGUACUGGAUAUAGACACUUUUGACACUGGUUUGCCUUAUGGAUUACCGCCGCCCCCUCCUCCAGUGCCAGGACUGGGCUCAGCCCCCCCACCGCCGCCACCCCCUCCUCCUCCUGGACCUGCUGGUCUGGCUCCACCCCCUCCUCCUCCACCUCCUCCUGGAGGUUUGAGUGUGCCUCCUCCACCUCCAGGACUCCUCCUUCCGUCCCCGUCUCAAGGGAAUGAUCCGGCUAUUCUAAAGAAACGGAAAACGGUCAAGCUGUUCUGGAAGGAGCUUAAGCAGCCCGACAGCCCCAGGAAGUGCAAGUUUGGGCGGGGCACAGUUUGGGCUUCACUUGAUAAGGUUGCAGUCGAUACAGCUAAGCUGGAGCACCUGUUUGAGUCCAAGGGAAAGGAUCUUCCAGUAGCAAAGAAAAGUGCUGAGAUCAAGAAAGCAGCCAUUUUAGUGCUUGAUCCAAAGAGGAGCAAUGCCAUCAACAUCGGCAUGACUGUUUUGCCUGCUAUACAUGUCAUUAAAAGUGCCAUCCUCACCUUUGAUGAGUUUUCCAUCAGUAAAGAGGGCAUUGAGAAAAUCCUGACCAUGAUUCCAACUGAUGAAGAGAAACAGAAGAUUCAGGAGGCGCAGCUGGCCAACCCUGAUGUACCGCUGGGCACAGCAGAGCAGUUUCUGCUCACUCUCUCAUCCAUCAGUGGCCUCACGGCCAGAUUACAGCUCUGGGCCUUUAAACUGAACUAUGAGACCCUGGAGAAAGAGAUUGCAGAGCCUCUUUUUGACCUGAAACUGGGUAUGGAACAACUCGCCAAGAACAAAACCUUCAAGCGUAUCCUAGCAACACUACUGGCCAUUGGCAACUUCCUCAAUAGCUCCAAUGCUAAGGGCUUUGAGCUCAGUUAUCUGGAGAAGGUUACUGAGGUGAAGGACACAGUACACAGGCAGUCUCUGCUUCAUCAUACCUGCAAUUUUGUGGUGGAAAACUACCCAGAUACGACAGACCUUUACUCUGAGAUCCCUGCUAACACACGCUCUGCUAAAGUGGAUUUUGAGCAGCUGUCUGAAAACCUGAUUCAGUUGGAGAGAAAAUGCAAAGCAUCUUGGGACAACCUUAAAGUAGUGGCCAAACAUGAAACUAAACCUAACUUGAAAAACAAAAUGACAGAAUUUCUGAAAGACUGUACUGAAAGGAUCAUCAUCCUGAAAGUAGUGCAUAGGCGCAUUAUUAAUAGGUUUCAUUCCUUCUUGCUGUACUUGGGUCAGCCCUCAUACUCGGUGCGGGACACUAAAGUAACUCAGUUCUGUAAGAUCAUCAGUGAGUUUGCCCUCGAGUACCGCACCACACGAGAGAGAGUCCUCACCCAAAAACGCAAACGUGCCGUCCACCGCGAGCGCACCAAGACCCGGGGCAAACUGAUCACUGAGACAGAGAAGUUUUCUGGAGCAGUUCCACAGCUGUCUCUGGAGGACAACCCAUCCCCGGUUUCUUCAACAGUAGAAUCAGAGCCAGCCCAAGAGGAGCAUGAGAACAUGAAAAACCUGCUCAUUGCCAACAACGACAACAGCAAGCUGCGCAGGAGCCGUGCUGUACGAAAGAUUCUUACCACUGGUGGGGACACUUCUCCAAUUUCACCAACUCUUCAUUUGAGUGAUGAAGAGGGGCCUUAUGACUCUGACAGCACUCCUACUUCACCAGUAGAGAGCCAAUCAGCACAGGAUGAUGAUGAUGAUGAAGGUUUUGGCAGGGUUAACACAAACAUGUCUGUAGCCAAAGAGGACAGCCCCAGCUCACAGGACGAUGCCACAGAUGAGAUAAUGGAUCGUCUGGUUAAAUCUGUCACCCAGAAUCCCACAGAGAGGGCAUCUAGUCCAAAAACACGGAAACGCUCGCGGCUUAACAGAAAGUCAUAUUUCUACACAGGUUUUGGCAGGGUUAACACAAACAUGUCUGUAGCCAAAGAGGACAGCCCCAGCUCACAGGACGAUGCCACAGAUGAGAUAAUGGAUCGUCUGGUUAAAUCUGUCACCCAGAAUCCCACAGAGAGGGCAUCUAGUCCAAAAACACGGAAACGCUCGCGGCUUAACAGAAAGUCAUUGCGGAGGACUCUGAAGAGUGGGCUGAGCGUGGACGUGGUGCAGGCCCUUGGCCUCGGCAGUACUAACGUGAAGGUCUGAAGCUGGUAGUUCUCAUGUGGGGGAAACUGUAGCAAGACCGCAAUGAGGCCCUAAGGAGAUCUGCGUUAAUGACAGGAAGAUCUGUGAUAAAGACAUUUCAUGGGAUGCCUGCAACUAAAUUUGUCUGCCAAUCUGGACGAUUCAGUGGAUGAAUCAUGUACUUCCAGUUGAAAUACAAACAGCUGCAUUACUAUACAAAUACCUGAAUGCAUGUGCAUGAUGUCCAUUAGACAUAUCAUGAUUUGAUUGGUACAAACUUUAAUGACAUAGUAUUAAAUAUCAGCCCAUGUUUACUGAUGGAGAAUAGAUGCAUUUAUGAUCCAGGGAAUUAAAAUGUUAUAUAUUUUAACCAGAUGCACAUAUAUUAUUUUGUGUAGAGCCUUAGAUUGCAUAGAUUGGAGCACAAUUUAUCAGUCAAGGAUAUGUAUCUAAGGGUUUGAAAGGUUUUAAGUUAGUACUGCUUUUUUUAAGACCAACCUUUUAUAUUUUAGCCAUACCUGUUAGAAUGGCUCAGCUCAAGGUUAGGAUCAUGGAAGCCAGUAAUUGAGAUCAGUGCAAUAGGGUAACUCAAACACACUGGUUUCCUGCGCCCAUUAAUGCAGCUAAACCCUGGAAUAAACGGCACUGUCAGUAAUGAUUGACCAUUGAAAACUCCUUAGUCUUGUACAGGGUCUAAUUUGUGUCUGGAAAGCUGACCCAUGUGCACCUGGGUGGUGUUCAACUGAAUAUCCUGACUACCAAGGAGAUCUUGAUUAGCGAGGACAUAAACUAGGUCACAUUUGUUUUUCUUUUAUUAAUCACAGAGCUCUCUUGAUAGGUUUGUGGAUGCUACAACAGUCCUGUAUUCUGCUGUAUCACAUUUCUGUCCUGAUAUUUAUUAUUGUGCGGUUUUUUGGAGUUCUUUCACCUUUUUAGCUAUACCAUAGUUAUGAUGUUUUAAAAUAUGUGCAUGGACCACUCUGUUUCUUGCUGAAGAGAAGUGUUGCGUUAAAGGCACAGUAUUUCUGACGCAAAUUU